GCUUUCCCAACCGCUGAUAAGCUUGUUGAUUAGAGAAAGUUGUGUCGUCGGUCAAAGCAGUCAAAGUUGUAAAUUAAAACUUACGUGUCAAGCGAAAAUGGUGCUCGCUUUAAUUAGCUCUUUGGAGCAGCUUGUCGACCAAUAUCAGCUUAAUCUGCUGCAAUUGAUAUUCAUCAUAUUUAUCGUGACCAUCGUGCUCCUGGGCAGUUUAAUGACUUUAGUGGAAUCGCAUCUACCGAAUAGUAUUAGACAAUCAUUUCGGUAUGGCAAACACAGUCAUAAGGGUGCCACUGAUGCGCUGAUCAAUCAUCUGGAAGUGCCCAAGGCGUGGUUCAGUCACUUCUAUGUAUUCGCAUUAGGUUGGUCGAUGCUCGCACUUUAUUUCAUCAUUCGCAGUGUCAUUAGUCAAGAGGUUGCACCAGAAUUUGUGCUCCGCUUCCUAGACUUGAUGUGCGGGGGACGGCAACAUCGCCAAGUCCAAGUCGACAGCUCAACGGCACUGUUGGCAUCGCUUCUGCUCGGUUUGCAGUGCGUUCGUCGUUUCUAUGAGACGAACUUUGUACAAAUCUUCUCCAGGCGCAGCAAGAUAAAUCUUUCCCAUUAUGCCGUUGGAUAUAUGCAUUACUUUGGCGCUGUGACCUCACUAUUGUCUAACACGGCUGGAUUUGUUCGUGGCUCAAAGCCAGAGCCUUUCACGCUAUCUCAUCUAUCGCUGCUGCAGUUGAGCUACAUCCUCAUCUUUCUGUUCGCCUGCCAUCAGCAGUAUAGCAGCAACAUGGUGCUGGUGAAUCUUCGCAAGAAUGCCAAGACGGGCGCCGUCCAGACCGAAGAACAUUUGCUGCCAUCGCAAGGUUGGUUCAAUUUGAUCUCAUCGCCUCACAUGUUCUUCGAAGUAGUUAUGUACUAUUGCUUGUCGGAUCUAAUGACGCCCAUCCGCACAUGGAAGCUCAUAUUUGUGUGGGUGGCCAGCAAUCAGACAAUCAAUGCGCUGCUCACACAUCAGUGGUACAAGGAGAACUUUAAGGAUUAUCCCAAGCGACGACAUGCCAUCAUUCCCUGGCUGCUGUAGAAGAUUGGGGGAUAAGGAGAUGAAGCAUCGAUUACCUUUAAGAACGAGACUUAUUUUAUAUUGAAUACAUAAUAUAAUAUAUAUUUUAUAUUAUAUUGUAUAUAGAGGCAAUUUGUAAUUUAGUAGUGGCUUUUAUUAUUAAACUUGUUUUACACACACGUCGAGUACUUGGUGCUUGGUGAUUUUGCUUUUUGGAAUUUGAACUAUAAAACGUUAAUAACGAUCCACUCUUGAACCCUCGUCAUUGAAAGCUGUUGGCCUCAGUCGGUUCUAUUUAAACAAGAAGCUGCAAAGCGGGAAAUUUAAUAAAAGCAAAAUCAAUAAGAAACUAAUAAACCAUUUAGCUUACCUAUAUGGAUAACCCUGCGCUUUGGAACGGAAUACAGAGAGUAAGAAGGAGAAGAAUACAGUUAACAAGACCAAACCGACCAUGGCCAUAAUGCGAUUUCGAUUGUUUGCCUUCUGCGUGCCCGACUCAAUUAACAGAAUCAUGCCCAGCACAAUCAUGGCAUCUGCAAGAGAAUAACCAUAAAAUAUUUCAUCAAAUUGUCUGUCUCUCUCAUAAAUAACAAAACCCCAACCCCACAACUCACUUAAGAACAUGACAAUGUAGGUCUCCACCACCAGCUGGCCCUGCGAGGAUCCAUGGAUGUAGGCAACGCCGCCAUUCUGCGUCUUGUGCACCAAGGGUGGUCCUCGAAUGUGAUUCCACAUCUGACCCGAGAUCAUGGCGAAGCAGAAGAACAACGCAAUGGCGCCCCACAGAUUCUUGUUGUACAGGAAUUCCAGAUUGUUGCGUCUGAUGUAAAGGAAACUGCCCACCAACGCUACCAACGUAAUCAUGGCAACAGUGCCCGAAUAGUUUGGUGGUCUAAAAA